UCAAUCCCCCCCCGGCCCCGCCCGACCAGCCCCACCCACCUAGCCAUGGUGCAGUGUGCCACUGAGGCCUCGCACGUAGCCAGUUUCCCGAUCACCGAGUCGCGGUUUGCCCCUUUGGCUACCCCACUAGAGGAUCCUCAGGAUACGACAGACGCAGUUCCCUCUGCCCCGUCGUUUGUCGAGGUACCGUCUGCCUCACAGCAGACCGCUGCAUCUAGCGCUUCCCUCCCGAGACUCCCGACGCGUCGCGCCAUUCGCUCAGCCCGUUGUAGCGCUCAACUGGCGACUCGCGAUGACGUUGUGUCAUCUCUCCUGGACUUGAGCAUUCUUCAGGCUCGUCAGGAGCGACUCACGAGACACGUCAACGUCCUGCGUCGUCUUCUCGCUCUGCUUUCUGACCCUGAUCGCACCCUACCCAUUAUCCCUAUUCGCCUAGGGACAUCUACGAGGGUGUACCGCGCUUUAUGGGACUCUGGCUCGCAGGGAGAUUUUGUUCACCCUCGAGUGGUUGAGAAAGCUCGCCUAGCUACCUCUGGGUCCCGCUCUCCUAUCUCCAUUACCCUCAGAGAUAACACGACACAAUGCUUCUUUGAUCAGACGGUCUCCGACCUCCACUUCUCCCUCACCCUCCAGCCACCGGAUAGUACCCAGGCGCCUCGGCGCUACCAUUCCUCCGCAUACUUCGACGUGCUGGAGACUGGGUACGACUUUAUCCUUGGCACUCCCUGGUCUCGCCGGUCCCGUAGCACAGAGGCCGAAUGGGCGACCGAGACACUCGUUCUCAAAACGAAGUGUGGUCAGACCCAUCGCGUCCCCUUCAUUGGAACCACGGGCGACACUCCUCCCGACCUACCUCCCCGGGACCCUCGUCCCUCAGGGUCUCACCCCGACAUCGCCUUCACUUCCCCUCGUCAGUUUCCUCACUUCAUACGACAGAAGGACGUCACGUUCUACUCAGUGAACGUCAUGGAUCUUCUUCGCUAUGAUCCACUCUGUCCCGAGGUUGAGCUCAUCUCUCUGGAGCCCGAUCCCCCUGACCCUUCCUCCAUCUUCGCGGCUCGUAUCUCUACGUCCACCCGUCAGCCUGCGGAUACCCCCUCCACAUCCCAGGCCCCUGUGCCGUCGACUGUCAAGUCCACACAUACGUCUCGUGCCGACGCAGACGCUGAGGAACUCACACGGUUCACGACAGACUUAGAGUCGGCCGUUCGCGACCUGAUUCGAGAGUACCGCGACGUCUUUCCCCCAUAUUUUUCAUACAACGGGAUUCCCCCUAUGCGCGGUGUUGAACAUUCUAUCCAGCUCGUGCCUGACUAUCGUGUUCACCACCAGGCACCGUACCGACUCUCGAUCCCAGAGGCGACGGAACUCAAGCGUCAGCUUGAGGAGCUCCUUCGACUGGGUUUCAUUAAACCUUGUAACUCCUCUUGGGGUGCACCUGUCCUCUUUGUUCGCAAAGCGGACGGAACUCUCCGCCUCUGCAUCGACUACCGCGGCCUUAACCGUUACACUGUUAAGAACAACUAUCCCAUGCCCCGCGCGAAUGAGCUGUUUGACCGUCUGGCAGACAACCGCUUCUUCACGAAGAUCGAUCUUCGUAGCGGUUACCACCAGAUCCGCGUUGCCGCAGAGGAUCAGCCGAAGACCUCCUUUCGGUCGCGCUUCGGCCACUACGAGUUUACGGUGAUGCCAUUCGGCCUCACCAAUGCACCCGCCACCUUCAAGACGGCGAUGAACGCCAUCUUCAGGGACAUCCUUGAUGAAUACGUUCUCGUAUACCUGAACGACAUCUUGGUCUACAGUCGUACCUUAGAAGACCAUAUCAGACACCUCCGCGAUGUCCUACAGCGCUUACGCAAGCAUGGUUUCUAUGCCAAGCUCAGUAAGUGCCGCUUUGCCCAGCGCAAAGUGGACUUCUUAGGACACCAUGUGUCUGACCAGGGUCUCCACAUGGACGACGCGAAGAUCAUUGCUAUUGCAGAGUGACCCGUCCCCACCUCUGCCAAGCAGCUUCGCAGU